AUGUACAAUUUAUCGGUAACUCUAUGUGAAAUCAUAGCAGUAUCCUCUUGGAAAAAGAUUAUUUUCCACCCUAAUGCAUCAUUGAAACCAGUUGACAAUAGAGAAAAUGCUAAUGAAGUUUCAUAUAAUGCUAGUAUUGCUCAAGACAAUCAACAACUAGCAAGAUCAGCAAAAUCUGACGUGGACAAGGUUCCAUCGUCAAUAAGUGGUGAAGGUAUACGUGUUGUAAAUUUACAUCGUCCAGCAAAUGAUGAAGGUCUUGGCUAUUCUUUACAAUAUAACAACAAUUAUUUUCUUGUUCAUUACGUUGGACAUGAUAGUCCAGCUGCUAAUAGUGGUCUUCGUUUAAAUGAUGUUAUACUUUCAGUAAAUCAACAAUCAACUGAAAAUAUGACUCAUGAAAAUUUGAUGGCAUUAGUUGGUGAAUGUUCUGAUGUUGAGUUUAUUGUUCAACCUCUUGAGGAAUAUUUACGUUCGAAUUAUCGAUCAACACAGAAUAAACAAUCGUCACCAACACAUUCAAGAAAAAAUAAUAAAUUUAAAACAUGGGUUCUUAAAGUCAUGAAAAAAUCAACAAAUCGUUGA